CUGUUACGGGCAGGCGAGCCAGCACCAUGGUGAAGAGGAAGAGCUCGGAAGGCCAUGACCAGGAGAGCGGCCGAGGGGUCCCGCUGCCCAUCCAGACCUUCCUAUGGAGGCAAACCAGUGCAUUUUUGAGGCCCAAACUGGGAAAACAGUAUGAAGCUUCAUGUGUGUCCUUUGAAAGAGUUUUGGUUGAGAAUAAGUUGCACGGUCUUUCACCGGCCCUUUCUGAAGCCAUCCAGAGCAUUUCUCGCUGGGAACUGGUCCAAGCUGCCUUACCACAUGUUCUUCACUGCACGGCGACACUGCUUUCCAAUCGGAACAAGUUAGGACAUCAGGAUAAACUUGGUGUUGCAGAAACUAAGCUCCUUCAUACUCUGCACUGGAUGUUGCUAGAAGCUCCUCAAGACUGCAGCAAUGACCGAGGAGGAGGAGGAGACAGGGCAUCGAGCUGGAGAGGGAGCAGCAGCGCUUUCAUCCACCAGAUUGAAAACCAGGGAUCUCCAGGGCAUGCAAGGCGUGACAGCACCAAUGAAGAGGAGGAGAACAACAGGAGGAAGUUCUUUCAGAAUUCAAUGGCCACAGUGGAGCUCUUUGUGUUCUUGUUUGCUCCAUUAGUUCAUAGGAUCAAAGAAUCUGAUCUGACUUUUCGUCUGGCCAGUGGCCUUGUUAUUUGGCAGCCGAUGUGGGAGCACAGGCAACCUGAAGUUUCCGCCUUUACUGCACUGGUUAAACCCAUCAGGAAUAUAAUCACAGCAAAGAGGAGUUCCCCAAUGAAAAACCAGACUCUGACAUGUGAAUCUCCUAAUGUGGAUGCUGGACGUACAGAGGGGCUCCAGGUAGUGUGUGAAACACCCCAGCCAGAUGCAGUGCCCCCCAGGCCUGCUUUCUCAGGCUGCCACCGUGGGAAUUCUAUUGAUGGAAGUGUGUCAUCCCAAGCCUCCCAGGAGAAAGGACCCCCGUUUCCUAGGGUGUCUUUGGUGAUCCCACCGUGCCAAAAGUCUCGGUAUGCUACCUAUUUUGACGUGGCCGUAUUACGCUGCCUACUUCAGCCACAUUGGUCCGAGGAAGGCACUCAGUGGUCCCUGAUGUAUUACCUCCAGAGGCUGCGGCAUAUGCUGGAGGAAAGGCCUGAGAAAUCUCCUGAGCCAGAGGUCCCACCAUUGCCUAGGCCUCGCAGCAGUUCCAUGGUAGCAGCAGCUCCAUCACUGGUGAACACUCACAAAACACAGGAUCUCACAAUGAAAUGCAACGAGGAGGAAAAAUCAUUAAGCACUGAAGCUUUUGCCAAAGUGUCGCUAACCAACCUGCGAAGGGCAGCUGUUCCAGACCUCUCCUCUGAUUUGGGAAUGAAUAUUUUUAAGAAGUUCAAGAGCCGCAAAGAAGAUCGUGAGCGCAAGGGCUCCAUUCCUUACCACCACACAGGGAAAAAGCGGCAGCGAAGGAUGGGGGUGCCCUUCUUGCUCCACGAAGACCAUUUGGACGUGUCACCUACUCGGAGCACCUUCUCUUUUGGCAGCUUCUCGGGGAUUGGAGAAGACAGGCGUGGCAUUGAGAGAGGAGGGUGGCAAACGACCAUCCUAGGGAGGUUUACCAGGCGAGGUAGUUCCGAUACAGCUACAGAGAUGGAGAGCUUGAGUGCUAGGCAUUCCCAUUCCCAUCAUACCCUGGUUACUGACCUGCCAGACCACUCCAACAGCCAUGUACGUUCCCAAAUUUCCACCAUCACAGUGGCAACAUUCAACACCACUCUGGCCUCUUUCAAUGUGGGGUAUGCAGACUUCUUCAGUGAGCACAUGCGCAAGCUCUGUAACCAGGUGCCCAUUCCAGAGAUGCCUCAUGAGCCCCUGGCAUGCGCCAAUCUCCCUCGGAGUUUGACAGAUUCCUGCAUCAACUAUAGCUGCCUGGAGGAUACAGACCACAUCGAUGGGACCAGCAACUUUGUCCACAAGAACGGCAUGCUAGAUCUUUCGGUGGUUCUCAAGGCUGUUUUCCUGGUCCUGAAUCAUGACAUCAGCUCCCGAAUCUGUGAUGUGGCCCUCAAUAUUGUGGAAUGCCUGCUUCAGCUUGGUGUGGUGCCCUGUGUGGAGAAGAUCAGAAGGAAAAGUGACAACAAAGAGAAUGAACCCAGCGAGAAGAGACAAAGCGAGACCUCCUUCCAUCUCAAGGGGGCUCUGAGUAGUUCAGCCUCUGGAUUUGGGGCUGCCCCAGCCAGCGCAGCUGGAGAUGGCGGUGGAGAAGGAGGAGGAGGAGGAAGUGGUGGAGGAGAUGGAGGAGGAGGUGACGGAGGAGGAGAAGGUGGAGGAAGGCCUUAUGAGAAGAAUGAUAAGAAGGAAGAGAAGGAGGAAAGCACUCCAGCAAGCACACACAGGCUGGCUCUGACAAUGCUGAUAAAAAUUGUGAAGUCUCUGGGCUGUGCAUAUGGCUGUGGAGAAGGUCACCGUGGGCUCUCUGGAGACCGCCUGAGACAUCAGGCUCAGAAUUGCCUCACAAAGUUGUACAAGCUGGAUAAGAUGCAAUUCCGGCAAACCAUGAGGGAUUAUGUAAACAAGGAUUCACUCAACAAUGUGGUGGAUUUUUUACAUGCUUUGCUAGGUUUCUGCAUGGAGCCAGUCACUGACAACAAGGCUGGUUUUGGAAAUAAUUUCACAACAGUGGACAACAAGUCUACUGCCCAAAGUGUGGAAGGUAUUAUUGUCAGUGCCAUGUUCAAAUCACUUAUCACCCGCUGUGCCUCUACUACACAUGAGCUUCAUAGCCCCGAGAACCUGGGAUUGUAUUGUGACAUCCGACAACUGGUUCAGUUUAUCAAGGAAGCUCAUGGGAAUGUCUUUAGAAGAGUAGCCCUUAGUGCCCUUUUGGAUAGUGCUGAGAAGUUGAUACCAGGAAGAAGAGCAGAGGAAACAGCUGAACAGGAGCCCAAACCAUCAGGCAGUAAAAGAUCUGAAGUGGGAAGUGUUGUCAUUGACAAAGGACAACCGCCUUCAGCUCCCGAUGAAUGCCGCAGUUACAUCUCAAGCCGCCCAAUGCAGACUCCAGAGCAUGAUGAGCAGAUGCAAGGAGCAGCCCUAGGCCGCAAAGAUUUCUGGCGAAAGAUGUUCAAAUCUCAGAGUGCAGCGAGUGAUACUAGUAGCCAGUCGGAGCAGGAUACCUCGGAAUGCACAACUGCACACUCUGGAGCAACCACCGAGAGACGAUCCCGCUCUCGCUCAAGGAGGAUUUCACUCCGAAAGAAACUCAAACUCCCCUUAGGGAAUUGGCUGAAACGCUCAUCCCUUUCUGGUCUGGCAGAUGGUGUGGAAGACCUUCUGGACAUCAGCUCUGUAGACCGGCUCUCUUUCAUCCGGCAGAGUUCCAGGGUGAAAUUCACUAGUGCCGUGAAGCUGUCUGAAGGAGGGCCAGGAAGUGGCUUAGAGAAUGGACGAGAUGAAGAGGAGAAUUUCUUCAAGCGUCUUGGUUGUCAGACCUAUGAAGACCACUUGGCUUCCAACCAAGAGGGAAGCAAAUCCAAGAACGUGGUGAACUUAGGCGCAAUAAGACAAGGCAUGAAGCGCUUUCAGUUUCUCUUAAACUGCUGUGAGCCAGGAACAAUCCCUGAUGCCUCUAUCCUGGCAGCUGCCCUCGAUCUUGAGGCACCAGUGGUGGCGAGAGCAGCCCUUUUCCUGGAAUGUGCUCGCUUCGUUCACCGCUGCAACCGUGGCAACUGGCCAGAGUGGAUGAAGGGACACCAUGUGAACAUCACUAAAAAGGGUCUUUCCCGUGGACGCUCCCCAAUAGUGGGGAACAAACGUAACCAGAAGUUACAGUGGAAUGCGGCCAAGCUCUUCUAUCAAUGGGGAGAUGCAAUUGGCAUCCGUCUCAAUGAACUCUGCCAUAGUGAGAGUGAGAGCCCAGCCAAUCUGCUGGGCCUCAUUUAUGAUGAGGAGACCAAGCGAAGACUGAGAAAGGAGGAUGAGGAAGAAGACUUUUUAGAUGACAGUACUGUGAACCCCACCAAAUGUUGCUGUCCUUUUGCACUGAAGAUGGCAGCAUGUCAACUCCUCCUGGAGAUCACCACAUUCCUUCGAGAGACCUUUCCCUACAUGCCCAGGCCGCGGCCGGAGCCUCUUGUGGACCUGGAGAGUUGCAGGUUGCGUUUGGACCCUGAGAUGGAUCGGCACAGGUAUGAGAGGAAGAUCAGCUUUGCUGGGGUUCUGGAUGAAAAUGAAGAUUCAAAAGAUUCCUUGCACAGCAGCAGUCAUACCCUGAAAUCUGACACAGGUUGUGAAGAGAAGAAAGUUCCCAGCAGGAAGAUCAGGAUAGGAGGCUCCCGCUUGCUCCAGAUUAAAGGAACCCGCAGUUUCCGGGUGAAGAAAGGGGGUUCCCUGUCCAGCAUUCGCCGGGCCGGCAGCCUAAAGAGCACCAAGUUAUCACGUCAGGACUCAGAGUCUGAGAAUGAGGAGCUGCAGCUGUCCCACAGCAGGGACACUGUCACUGACAUAGAAGGAAGCCCUUGGAGUGCAAGCGAACCCAGUAUAGAACCUGAAGUGCUAAGCAGCACAGGCACCGAAGAGAACUAUCACCGGAAUAUGUCUUGGCUGCAUGUGAUGAUACUGCUAUGCAACCAGCAGAGUUUCAUUUGCACCCACAUUGACUACUGCCACCCUCACUGUUACCUCCAUCAUAGUCGCUCUUGUGCACGCCUUGUCCGAGCCAUCAAACUCCUGUAUGGAGACACUGUGGAUUCACUCAAAGAGAAUAACUUACUAAACAAUGUGGCUAGGAGCAAAAAACAGAAAGAGUGUUCAGACAAGUCAUGCCUGAGAACACCCUCCUUGAAGAAGAGAGUGACAGAUUCCAACCUUGAAGGAAAAAAGGACUCUGUAAUGCUGAAAUACAUCAGGCAUCAGGUGAUGAGUUUGUCUCCAGCACCUUUGUCACUGUUAAUUAAGGCAGCGCCCAUCCUCACAGAAGAGAUGUAUGGGGACAUCCAGCCUGCAGCAUGGGAACUGCUGCUCAGUAUGGAUGAGCACAUGGCUGGGGCAGCAGCUGCCAUGUUCCUUCUAUGUGCUGUGAAAGUGCCAGAGGCAGUAUCGGAUAUGCUGAUGUCUGAAUUUCAUCACCCUGAGGCAGUGCAAAGGUUGAAUGCCAUUCUUAAAUUCCACACCCUCUGGAGAUUUAGGUAUCAGGUCUGGCCCCGGAUGGAGGAAGGAGCUCAGCAAAUCUUUAAGAUUCCUCCACCUAGCAUUAACUUCACACUCCCAUCCCCAGUUCUGGGAAUGCCAUCCGUCCCCAUGUUCGACCCUCCAUGGGUUCCACAGUGUAGUGGGAGCGUACAAGACCCAAUUAACGAAGAUCAAUCCAAGUCAUUUUCAGCCCGGGCAGUGUCACGUUCUCAUCAGCGAGCAGAACAUAUUCUCAAGAAUCUGCAGCAGGAAGAAGAGAAAAAACGUCUGGGCCGAGAAGCUAGUCUGAUCACGGCCAUCCCCAUCACCCAGGAAGCUUGCUAUGAGCCCAGCUGUUCCUCAAACGUGGAGCAGGAAGAGGAAGUAGAAGAAGUUUCCAACCUGGCGUCCCGCCGUCUCUCUGUGAGUCCAUCCUGCACCUCCAGCACAUCUCACAGGAACUACUCCUUCCGCCGUGGAUCAGUUUGGUCGGUGCGUUCAGCAGUCAGUGCUGAAGAUGAGGAACACACGACAGAGCACACACCAAAUCAUCAUGUGCCCCAACCCCCACAGGCAGUCUUCCCGGCAUGUAUUUGUGCAGCUGUGCUCCCUAUUGUCCACUUAAUGGAAGACGGAGAAGUCCGGGAGGAUGGAGUAGCAGUGAGUGCCGUGGCUCAGCAAGUCCUGUGGAACUGUCUCAUUGAAGAUCCUUCUACAGUUCUUCGACAUUUUCUGGAGAAACUUACGAUCAGCAAUCGACAGGAUGAGUUGAUGUAUAUGCUAAGGAAACUUCUGCUCAACAUUGGAGACUUCCCAGCCCAGACAUCCCAUAUUCUGUUUAAUUACUUGGUGGGACUGAUCAUGUAUUUUGUGCGCACGCCAUGUGAAUGGGGCAUGGAUGCCAUUUCAGCGACUCUGACUUUCCUGUGGGAAGUUGUAGGAUAUGUAGAAGGACUAUUCUUCAAGGAUCUCAAACAGACUAUGAAGAAGGAACAAUGCGAAGUGAAGCUUCUGGUUACUGCCUCAAUGCCUGGCACCAAGACCCUUGUAGUUCAUGGGCAAAAUGAAUGUGAUAUCCCAACUCAGUUACCAGUCCAUGAGGACACUCAGUUUGAAGCUCUGUUAAAGGAGUGUUUGGAAUUUUUUAACAUAUCUGAAUCCCAAUCUUCCAACUAUUUCUUAAUGGAUAAACGAUGGAAUCUUAUUCAUUAUAAUAAGACCUAUGUCCGUGAUAUUUAUCCAUUUCGAAGAUCAGUAUCUCCCCAGUUGAAUUUGGUACACAUGAACCCAGAAAGGGGCCAAGAACUCAUUCAGAAACAGGUGUUCACACGCAAGCUUGAAGAAGUGGGUAGGGUUCUGUUCCUCAUUUCUCUGACCCAGAAGAUCCCCGUUGCUCACAAGCAGUCUCAUGUGUCUCUGUUGCAAGAAGACCUCCUCCGCUUGCCCUCUUUUCCUCGCAGCGCCAUUGAUGCUGAGUUCUCACUCUUCAGUGAUCCACAAGCUGGAAAGGAGCUAUUUGGCCUUGACACCCUUCAGAAAAGCCUCUGGAUUAAACUGCUGGAGGAGAUGUUUCUCGGGAUGCCUAGUGAAUAUCCCUGGGGGGAUGAAAUCAUGCUCUUCCUCAAUGUAUUCAAUGGAGCCCUGAUCCUGCACCCUGAGGACAGUGCCCUCUUGAGGCAAUAUGCUGCCACUGUCAUCAACACAGCUGUACAUUUCAACCACCUCUUCUCUCUCAGUGGGUACCAGUGGAUCCUCCCCACUAUGCUCCAGGUAUAUGCUGACUACGAGAGCAACCCACAACUCCGUCAAGCAAUUGAGUUUGCCUGCCGUCAAUUUUACAUUCUACAUCGUAAGCCCUUUGUACUACAAUUGUUUGCCAGUGUGGCUCCUCUCUUGGAGUUUCCUGAUGCAACAAACAAUGCGCCCAGCAAAGGUGUAUCAGCUCAGUGCCUGUUUGAUCUGCUGCAGUCCUUAGAAGGAGACACUCCUGACAAUCUGGACAUUCUGGAACUAGUGAAAGCAGAAAAGCCUCUAAAAUCAUUAGAUUUCUGCUAUGGCAACGAGGACCUGACUUUUUCCAUCAGCGAGGCCAUAAAGUUAUGUGUAACAGUUGUUGCAUAUGCCCCUGAGUCAUUCAGAAGUCUUCAGAUGCUGAUGGUCCUUGAAGCCCUGGUUCCCUGUUACCUGCAGAGGCUUAAGAGGCAAACUUCCCAAUUGGAGACUGUGACUGCGGCUCGAGAGGAGAUUGCUGCUACAGCUGCUCUUGCUACAUCCUUACAAGCCCUCUUGUACAGCGUGGAAGUUCUUACCAGGCCAAUGACUGCCCCUCAGAUGAGUCGCUGUGAUCAAGGCCAUAAAGGAACCACUACUGCUAACCAUACUAUGUCGUCUGGAACUAAUACUAGAUACCCAGAUCAAGGAGCUAAACUGCACUUUAUCAGGGAAAACCUUCACUUGCUGGAGGAAGGCCAAGGCAUUCAGCGUGAGGAGCUGGAUGAACGCAUUGCUAGGGAGGAGUUCAGGAGACCCCGUGAGUCCCUGUUGAAUAUCUGUACUGAGUUCUAUAAACACUGUGGCCCCAGACUGAAGAUUUUGCAGAACCUAGCUGGAGAGCCCAGAGUGACUUCCUUAGAGCUGCUGGAUGUAAAGUCUCAUAUGAGGUUGGCAGAAAUUGCACAUUCCCUUCUGAAGCUGGCACCUUACGACACCCAGACGAUGGAGAGCCGUGGGCUCCGGCGAUACAUCAUGGAGAUGCUGCCCAUCACUGACUGGACAGCCGAGGCAGUGAGGCCGGCCUUAAUCCUCAUCUUAAAGCGAUUGGAUCGUAUGUUCAAUAAAAUUCACAAGAUGCCUACUUUGAGGCGACAGGUUGAGUGGGAGCCUGCCAGCAGUUUGAUUGAAGGGGUUUGUUUGACACUUCAGAGGCAGCCAAUCAUAUCGUUCCUGCCUCACCUUAGGUCACUGAUCAAUGUCUGUGUCAAUCUGGUGAUGGGAGUAGUAGGACCUUCCAGUGUGGCCGAUGGAUUGCCCCUUCUUCAUCUCAGCCCUUAUCUCUCGCCACCUCUACCCUUCAGCACAGCUGUUGUCCGGCUUGUAGCAUUGCAGAUUCAGGCUUUGAAAGAAGAUUUCCCCCUAAGCCACGUGAUCUCUCCAUUCACCAAUCAGGAGAGAAGGGAAGGAAUGCUUUUAAAUCUACUGAUUCCAUUUGUGCUCACAGUAGGAUCAGGAAGCAAAGACAGCCCUUGGCUGGAGCAGCCAGAGGUCCUCCUCCUGCUCCAGACAGUCAUUAACAUUUUGCUGCCACCUCGCAUCAUCAGCACUUCCCGCAGUAAGAACUUUAUGCUGGAGAGCUCUCCUGCCCACUGCUCCACCCCUGGGGACGCAGGGAAGGACUUGCGCAAGGAAGGGCUAGCCGAAUCCACUAGCCAGGCAGCCUACCUGGCUUUGAAGGUGAUCCUUGUCUGUUUUGAGCGUCAGCUUGGCAGCCAAUGGUAUUGGCUAAGCCUGCAGGUCAAAGAGAUGGCUUUGCGAAAAGUAGGAGGGCUUGCCCUGUGGGAUUUCAUAGAUUUUAUUGUUCGAACCCGAAUUCCCAUCUUUGUGCUUCUUCGACCCUUCAUUCAGUGCAAGUUGCUAGCCCAGCCAGCUGAGAAUCAUGAAGAAAUGACUGCUCGACAGCACAUUGCUGACCAGUUGGAGCGGCGCUUCAUCCCACGCCCUCUCUGCAAGAGCUCUCUCAUUGCGGAAUUCAACAAUGAGCUAAAGAUCCUCAAGGAGGCUGUGCAUAGUGGGUCAGCCUACCAAGGUAAGACUUCUAUCAGCACUGCAGGCACCUCUACCUCUGCAUACCGACUGAGUCUCGCCACGAUGUCGCGCUCCAACACUGGCACUGGAACUGUCUGGGAACAGGAUAGUGAGCCUUCCCAACAAGCUUCCCAGGAUACUUUAAGCCGGACAGAUGAGGAAGAUGAAGAAAAUGAUUCCGUGAGCAUGCCCAGUGUGGUAAGUGAACAAGAAGCAUACCUCAUGGGUGCCAUUGGGAGGAGGAGAUUCUCCAGCCAUCUCUCCAGCAUGUCUGCACCUCAGGCUGAGGUGGGCAUGUUACCCAGCCAAAGUGAACCUAAUGUCCUCGAUGACUCCCAAGGCCUGGCAGCUGAGGGCAGCCUCUCUAGGGUAGCAAGCGUGCAGAGUGAACCUGGACACCACAAUCUUCUUCUACAGCAACCAUUAGGGAGAAAAAGAGGCUUGAGGCAGCUAAGAAGGCCUCUUUUAUCACGUCAGAAAACACAGACGGAACCUCGCAGCCGUCACGGUGCACGACUUUCUACCACACGUAGAAGCAUACAGCCCAAAGCAAAACCAACUGUUGAUCAAAAACGAUCUGUAACCUUCACUGAAGCUAAAUCCGAGGCAUCGACAUCAAAGCCGGAUCCAGCACCAAUUGCAGCCCAGCAGCAAAGCAGCAAAAAGAGCAGCCCUUCAGAUGGUAGCAAGCAGGAAGCUACAAAUAGAUCCACUCUGCCUUCCUCACCUGCUGUUAUUGUGGCAGAUCUCCAUAGUCAAGUCUCCUCUAGCCAGAAUGUGACAGCUUCUGCUGAGGAUAAAAAAAAGGAAGAGAAUGUGGAGCAAAAGCCAGCACAAGCUCACAGUACCCCUCCACCCACAGAACUUUCUGACACUGAGGAUUUUGCAGGCCUUGAAACCACCAGCUUACUGCAGCAUGAAGACACUGUCCUUCACAUUAGUGAGGACAAUGGGACAGAGAAUCCCCUACUUUCCAGCCAGUUCAGCUACACGCAGGUUGAGGUGGGACAGACUGAUAUUGACCUGGAUGAGUCUCAUGUUUGACUUGGGAAGCAGAUGGUAGUACACUAGAGGAAUGAAGGAUCUUCCUCUGGUCUUCCUAUUCCUCUAUAAGUAUGUAAAGGAGCACUUUAUCAACAUGUGGAACACAUCUAGUAUCCUAUUGGUAAAGUUGGGUCGAUAUAUUUUAGAUAAUAAGCUGCAGCUUUGGACAGAUCUAGUUGGAAUAGAUUAACACUGGAAUCUUCCUAGGCACAGAACUGAUUCACAACAUCUUUUGCACUCUUUAGCUUCUCUUAAGUUACAUUAAAAAAUGCCAGGCAGAAAUAGAAAACUAUCUUUUUGAAGGUUAUCCACCUUAAUAUAGUAAUCUAAAUCUAAAGUUUAUUUUUAUAAUUUCAGAAGAUAGAGAAAAAUAUAUAUACAUAUAUAUAGACACACAGUAUACUCAUCAGAGACAUUACUAGCGAUAGAACUGCAGAAUGCUUUAUUAUGGUAUUAUUAAUACCAGUUAGCAUCAGAAUAUUAACCACCAAACAAAGUUCAGAGGAAUAUUUUGGGUGAACUCUGUUCCUUGUUUACACUUACAGUAUCUGAAAUAUAAACUGUUUUCCCUCUCUUGAAAACUAAAUGUGGACAAUAAGGAAUGGAAAAAAAAUAAUACUGCUGUACAGAGUUGUGAAACACUGUAGCAAGUGUUCUGUAAAUUAUACUAAAUAUCCUGCUUUGAAUGUUUAAACAACCUGAAUAUAAAAACAACAGGAAAGUGUGUGGAUAUUUCUGCUAUAUUUAUAGUUGCAUCUAUAUUUCCAUUAAUAUAAUCUACAUAAAAACCCAGGAGUUGAUGUGUAUGUAACAAGUAUUUUUGCACACUGGGAGUGUGUGAUAUGAAGAUUUAUUUUCACAUACACUUAUAUGAAUCUGCAGGUAUCUGUGAUUCUCAGUGUGAAAUGUAUUGAAUUAUACCUCUCUUUGAAGCUUAUUCACCUACAAUCAUGGAUGAUUUGCAAUCUAGACUCAAUGAAUGAAUGAAUGUAAGCAUUAAUUUUAAAGUAUAGGGGAAUAACACUUUCUGAUGUCAUUAAGUUGAUGUAAAUUAAUUUGUUUACAGGUUUCUAACAUGGAUUUAUUGUGCCAGCCAUAUGUAUGGUUACCAAAAUACCUUGCUCCAGAAGGCUUAAGCUUAAACUAUAUAUAUUUCAUAAAUAGCUGGGAAUGGUUUCUGAAACUAUGCAGGAAAAAAGCGUUGCAUCACUCCUGUCACUUUAAACCAAAUCAAUCCUCUGUACCAAGCCUUUUUUCACAGAGAAUUUAUGUGUCACUUUUUACAUGUUAUUAAUUAAAGUGAUAAUUUGAUUUACCGGUAUUCAUAGGGUGGCUUCCUCAUUGGAUUCAAUGAGAUUUGAAUGGGAAAGUUCAGGAAGCAGCCCAGCUCGUAUCCCUUCUAGUCAGGGAACAUGUUUUUAAGAGCACGAUCGUGGUCAACAGAGUUGUUUUAUUCUACAUGCAUUAUAAGAACUAUAAUGUAAAAACAUAUAGCAAAGUGUAUGGACCUUUUAGCAGGCUGAGGCUGCAAUCCUACCCCAACUUAUUUGGGAGUAAGCAGCACUCAAUUCAAUAGGACUUCAUUCUGAAUAGAGAUAGCCCUGCCCUGUGAAAUAGGUUCUGCUACUUUUUCUUGUUGCAGCAUCAGAGCAGCGGUACCGUCUGCCCUGCAGUAGAAGUACUGUAUGCUGGAUUUGCUUUUCCUUUGGAAAUCAUGUGUGGCUUUGCACAAAUGACUCCUGCUUAUGUGUUGGGACUCCUCAUUCCUCUCCUUCCCCAUGAAUCAAUCUACUCUGGAUUUUUGGUGAACAAGGGUCUGCAGAGGGGAGGGGAGGAAAGUCCCUCACACUUUGUUAGAUUCCAUCCCAUGUGUGGAAAACAUUUUCUGAACUAAAAAUGAAAUAUUUUAAUUUAAAUUUUUUUAAUUGAUACAGCAAACCUAUAAUUUCUGGUCCACUGAGGAUUUCUUUAUGGUUAAAUUUAUUCAUUUAGAUUUAUUAGUGCACAUUGUGUGACUACAGUAUGGAAAUGACAAUGCAGGCAACAAGCAUAUACCUGUAUUUUACAAAGAUUUUUAGGGAAAUGUUUUCAGUAAUCACAUAUUAAUUUAGGUAAAGAGACUAUUUAUCUGUAUGUGUGAUAAGUAUUUCACCUGAUCAUAGUUUUAAGAAUAGAAAAUACUGUGAUUCACUAUAUGAAAGCCAGUUCUCAUAAAACUUAGUAUCUUCAUCAUUACCAGUUGUACGGUAUUGAAUACAUUUUAGCAAGCCAUAAUGAAAACUCAUAAAUAUCCCUAUUGUGGUGUUCUUGUUUUCAUUUCUUUCUUUUUUAAGUUGCAAUUUUAAAAUUACAUUAGUUACUUUAAAAUAACAUCAAUCUUGUGGUUCAGCAAGGUUGCUGCUUAAGCAAUUUAUUGAAAUCCUGAGCACGCCUGUUUUUCUAGUGUAUUUCUAUUUCAUAUUAGGCACACUGUACUGACUACAGGUGCAUACAGAUGUGCUCUUAACAGAAGUUGUGCUUUUUCCAGUAUAUUGAUAAGUGACAAGUAUAUUCUGCUGUGAAGAAAAACUAUGCUGCUUACUUAGUGUUAGAGGCCUUAUGUGUACGUAAUGUUCAAAAAAUUAUCUGUGUUGUAAAAAAACAACUGUUUGUCAGUGUUCAGUAAGGUUUGGUUGUUUCAAAUUUUUACAUUAACUUGCUGUCAUUGAUAUUGUUACAAAUCACAAAGUCCCCCCUUUCUAAAAGACUGUGAUACCAAGUUAUGAGAUUACAGCCAUGAAGUUUACUGUAAAUUUCCUCUUCAACAUGUGCCUCCUCAUAGCUUUUCAAGCAGUGCCCAGUCCCAGUCCAGUUUAAUAGAAAGGGAGCAUUACUGUAUUGGAAAUAUUCAGUAUGAUUAUUGUUUUACAAUUGUCUUUUCUACAUGUGAUUGUAGCUGUGCUGAAUGUCAAAAAUAUUUGUAUGUGUGUUUAUGUGUACAUCUAAAUGUAUAAAAAUGUCAAGGGAUGUAUUUUUUAAGAAUGCUGCUGCAAGAUUUUAAAGAAAAAGCUGUUGAGACUUGAAAUGGUUUUAAUUUCUAGAGAAUUUUGCCAGUAUAUUUUAGCAAAGAAAGAAUUGGCAUAAAAAAAAUCAGAAUUCCACUAGUGUUAUAAGAACAAGUAAGCCGUUUCCCUCCAAAUUUUUAAAACAGGGCAUUCCCUGUAAAUAUUAAUUAAAAAUAGUUAAGCUUUAAUACAAUGUAUUUUGACACUUGCAUUGCCAAAGAGAUACCCAGUACAGUGGAACCUCGGUUUAUGAACACCUCGGUUUAUGAAUUUUCAGUUUAUGAACGCCGCUGACCCAUCUGGAACGGAUUAAUUCAUUUUCCAUUACUUUCAAUGGAAAAGUUCGCUUCAGUUUAUGAACGCUUCAGUUUAUGAACAGACUUCCGGAACCAAUUACACCCAUGCUUCAGUUUAUGAACGCUUCAGUUUAAGUUCUCCGCGGACCCGUCUGGAACGGAUUAAUCCACUUUCCAUUACUUUCAAUGGGAAAGUUCGCUUCAGUUUAUGAACGCUUCAGUUUAAGUACUCCACGGACUGUCUGGAACGGAUUAAUCCACUUUCCAUUACUUUCAAUGGGAAAGUUUGCUUCAGUUUAUGAACGCUUCAGUUUAUGAACAGACUUCCGGAACCAAUUGUGUUCAUAAACCGAGGUACCACUGUAUGUAAAAAUAUAAAGGGAAAGGAAAGUCGACUCCUAUUAAUAACACCAGAUUAUACUGUUAGUAAAUGAUCUCAGGGCAGUCAGGAGAAUGUUACCUUAUUGACAAAUGUUACAUAUGGGAAGUGAAGGAAGGGCUAUCUUGCCUUGUUAGAUAUUGGGGGAGAAUAUUUGAAAUUCAGAUACUUUUAUUAAAAUAUUUGUUUGUACACACCAUGAAGCCAACCAUGAAAUUAGGAAUUUGUACCCAGUUAAUAUGAAUUUUCAAUGUUAACCAGAAAAAUGAAGCCCACUGAGAAGAUAGAAUCAUUUAAAACUAUGGGAUGUAAGGAUACAGAGCUGAAAUGUUCUAGAUCUGCAAUGUGUGCCAAAUGACCAAAGAUGAAGGAUAAAAUAUAAAGAUGUCUGAAUUAUGUUUAUGAAAGAUUACAGUAGUCUAAUGUUUGAAUAUGAAUAAAUAAUAAAA